CUGUGUGUGUGUGUCUCUCUCUCUCUCUCUGUGUGUGUGUGUCUCUGUUCUCUCAGUGUUCAGUCAUGUCUCAGCUGGUCGAGUGUGUCCCUAACUUCUCUGACGGAAGAAACCAACAGGUGAUCGAUGCGAUCUCUGCAGCGAUCUCUGGCACAUCGGGCUGCAGCCUGCUGGAUGUCGACCCCGGAGCCUCCACCAACCGCACCGUCUACACUUUCGUCGGGUCUCCUGACGCCGUGGUGCAGGGAGCGCUGAACGCCGCCCGCUGCGCCUUCAGCCUCAUCGACAUGAGCCAACACUCAGGUGAGCAUCCUCGGACCGGCGCUCUGGACGUUUGUCCCUUCAUCCCUGUCCAGAAUGUCUCCAUGGACGACUGCGUCCGCUGUGCCAACGUGUUUGGAGAGAAGCUGGCUGAGAUUCUGCACGUGCCCGUGUAUCUCUAUGGAGCAGCAGCUCGCAGUGAGGCGAGGAGGAGUCUUCCUUCAGUGAGAGCCGGAGAGUAUGAAGCUCUACCUGACAAGUUGAAGCAAGCUGAUUGGGCCCCUGACUUUGGCCCCGCCCAGUUUGUGCCAUCCUGGGGCGCCACGGUAACGGGAGCUCGCAAGUUCCUGAUCGCCUACAACGUGAAUCUGAUCAGCACCAAAGAGCAGGCGCACCGCAUCGCUCUGAACGUCCGCGAGCAGGGCCGGGGGCGGGACCAGCCCGGGCGGCUGCAGCAGGUGCAGGCGAUGGGCUGGUACCUGGACGAGUCAAACAUCGCUCAGGUGUCCACCAACAUCCUGGACCAUGAGCUGACCCCCCUACACCGAGUGUACCAGGAAGUGUGCAGAGACGCCCAGGAGCUGAAGCUGCCCGUGGUCGGCUCGCAGAUCGUCGGUCUGAUUCCUCUGAAGGCGCUGCUGCACGCUGCAGACGACUUCAUCCAAUCAGACGGACUCUUCAUCGUGGAGGAGGAGCAUAAAGUCCGACUGGUCAUCAGUAAACUGGGUCUGGACUCUCUCUCUCCGUUUCAGCCGAUGGAGAGAAUCAUCGAGUACAUGGUGAGGUCACAGGAGGACGCUCAGCUGGUGUCUCUGUCUCUGCAGCGCUUUGUUCACAGCGUGGGCGCUCGGACGGCGGCGCCCGGGGGAGGGUCGGUGUCUGCUGCCGUCGCUGCUCUGGGGGCGGCGUUGGGCGCCAUGGUGGGUCAGAUGACGUACGGGAAGAGACACUUUGACAACCUGGACGGCGUGAUGAGGAGGCUGAUUCCACCGUUUCACCAGGCCAUGAACGACCUGCUGCUGAUGGUGGACGCCGACUCCACCGCCUUCAGCAGCUACAUGGCGGCGCUGAAGAUGCCCAAGAAAACUGAGGAGGAAGUGAAAAGGCGUGAGGCUGCGAUGCAGGACGGUCUGCAAGGCGCGGUCGGCGUUCCUCUGGCGUUGGCGGAGCGUGUAAACGUUCUGUGGCCGUCUCUUAAAGAAAUGGUCGUUUACGGAAACGUGGCAUGCAAGUCGGACGCUCAGGUGGCGGCUAAAGCUCUGGAGACGGCAGUUUUCGGAGCGUAUUACAACGUGACGAUCAACCUCAAGGACAUCACAGACCAAGAAUUCAAGAUGGCCACUCUGAAGAGAGCAGCAGCGUUGCUGCAGGAGGCGAAGGAGAGCACCGCCGCCAUCCUCCUCGCUGCAGACGAGAGGAAGUGAAACAACAAACAGCUCCUACUUCUCCUCUGAUGUCCUGUGAUUGGAUGAUUCUAAUGCAAUGCACUCUGGGAGCUGUAGUUGAUUAAAGUUGAUCUGUCUGAGUUCAAACAUUAAAAACUUGAUUUAAAAUAA